UGGAGUAGAACCAAUUGGCGGAUUGGGCGACGGUUGAUGAUCGGGUUGUGUCCGACGGGGCGGGGCCCGCCACGUCACAGUUGCUUUGUCAUACCGCACUAACGCGAGGCUCCCGAAAUUUCCUCAUCGUCGUUUACGACGCUGGCCCACUGUCCAGUUUCUCCCUAUAGCGAUAGCCGAUAUCGAGUAAAUUUUGCGAUUCCACACAACCCACACACCGUCUGGUCAAGUGGCGUCCAGACUCCACUUGGAGGAGCCUUACUAUUUCCACUGCUCAUAAUUCUCCUGAUCAUGGAUGAGCUCGUGCAUCAUUGUCUCAGAGAGCUUUCGUUCGACGGCGAUCUUGGUUGUAACGUUUCCCGCUUGCGAGAUUUCAUCGUAGGAUUCUACAGUCACGACGCUACCCACCCGCAGGUCGUCGACGAUGCAUUUUGCGCGUUUGUCUGGUCUAUAGUUGUCCAGCAGCCCACUGUCCGCGUUGGUACAGUCCCUGUGGGCGUGUCAUCCGAAGUGUAUAUCGCUCCUCAGACGAGCGCAAAGCGUAAGGCGGCAGCUAAGGGCGAGGUACUUGUCGAAGAAGCCCCACCGUCACUCACUCUCGUUGAAAAUGCACGUGAUAGGUCAUUGGAGGACCUAAAGGCAGAAUAUGGCGAAGAUCUCAGGAUUGCUGUUGAUCCAGAGACAUCUUUUGCUGCAAUCACAGGAUCUCAUAUCAGAUCUUCGAAACUCAGUCCGAUGGUUUACAGUGCUUUGCAACUCAUCACAAGAGGGCGCGAAGAAGGUAUUACAACUGUCGAGCUUGGACGCAAGACAAAGUACGAUCAGAAAACGUGCUUUUAUGUCAUCAAACAACUGCUGGAGCUUGACUUAAUCAUCAAAGCACGGCGAGGAGGUGUUGGUAAUCACUCCUGCAUUCACAAGUAUUUUGUGGAGCGCAGCGCGUUCUGGCAACAGAUUCAGCAAGAGGAAACCAAAGACGACGAGUCUAUUGUUAUUGGAGAGAGUCAUCCGCAAGAUGCAACCCCUGUUGAAGAUGGGACUCCCUCUGCUGCACCAUCGGAACUCGACUUUGAGCCUGUGGAUUCCAGACAUUUGUCUAGUCUUUCACUAAUCAAAAACCGAAUUGUCAAGUUGUUGAAGGCGUCGCAAAACAAUAUGCACGCAUCAAAUAAUUUAAUUAUCACCAUCGGCUUUGCGAAUCCAACCAAGACAGACCGUCGCUUCUUUCAAACCCGUCUGCGAGAAUUGAUUGCGCAAGGAGUGAUAGAACGUGUCUUGGUUCCGAGCUCCAAAGUCAAAGACAGGCUUGUCAAGUGCAUACGACUUGUUGCUCCAGACAAUCAACUUCCAGAGGGCGGUGUCAUUCUUGCCCCUCAGGAAGGUGAGGAUGACAAGGAAAUCAUGUUUGAUGAUACUUCUGCUGGUCACACUGAAGUUAGGGCAAACCGCACAAUUCAAAAACAAGUAUCAGAUGUGCUUGAAGAAGCAGGGUCUUCCGGCAGAACUCUCCACGAAAUCUGCAGCGCUCUUGGCAAUUUUGAUAAACGCACUAUUGAGCUUCUGUUAACGCGAGCAGCCAAGAGUAGACCUCCCGCUCAUCUCAGUGAUCUCGGGACAGCGGACUUCAUGGAGUCGUUUGGACGGGAAAGACGACAUCGAUAUUAUACUCUCGCGGCAUAUACAACAGUCAUGGCCAGCGAAAAGCUCGGAGAUACCACAACGUCAUAUGUUGAUAUUGAUGUCUCAAAAGCCGGUGAUUUUGCUGGGUUCCACGAGGCAAUGUUUUAUGAUGACGAUGAAACUCUCCACUACUACGAAGACAUGUUCAAAGACAAGGAGGACGCCAAAGUGAAGACAGGAGCUAAGAAACGUAAAAGGCCAGAAACUGAAGAUCCAGGAGAUGACGAAGCGGUUGAGGAUACGCCAGAACCUGAGGGUGAUGGGACCUCGACGGUACGCAAGGUUCCCAAAUCGCGCGGCCGUCCACCCAAACAGAAGCCCGAUGCUGAACAAACCGUUUGCCAUGCCGAAGUUCCAAGGCGUGAAUCGAUGAAGGAUGUCAAUGUCAUUGUUCUUCCCGCACAAGUCCCGUCAGCGCCUCCAUCAGAGACCAGUGGACACCCUCCAGAAAGCCCAGGUCCCCCGACUUCAAGCCCGAAGGAAGGAAGUCAUUUGUUUCAGGGAUCAUCCGACUUGUCCUCAUCGGCGCCACAUGAGGAUCCCAGCGACGAGCAACACCGUAUUCGUCAAGCUGUGGCAGACGUGCACCCAGAAGAACCAAAAUCCUGGAGUUUUGAUAGAAAACCGGAACCCACGAUUCGCGAGAACGAUGCUUUCUCUAGCCGGAAACGACUGCCGGGUGAAGGUUCUAAUAAUCGAAUCGAUGAAUCAGAAGUCGUUCGCAUCCCACAGCAAGUAGUUGAUGGUGCAAGAGCCGAUGGAUUAUUCGACAUGGAUAACCGCCCCUCCGCACAAGAAUCUAUGAUUAUCGAUCCUGUGCUGUUGGGGACGUCCCCUGCGGAUGUAAUGCCUACUGUGAUAGGAGAGAAACGGAAGGGAUCCCCACCACUAGCAACACCUUCCCAACCCAAGCGCACGCGAACAUCUACGCCUGUUGAUAAGCUCAAAACAAAUCUGAACAUAUCUCAUUUACGCCGCGAGAACGAAUUUUUCCGGGUAAUCCAAGACUUGGGCGGCAUUGCAAAUCUGCACACAAAACAUUUUUUUGAUGCGCAUAUGGCUCUGCUGAAUGAUAUGGCUCAGCGUGGAGAACCUGCAAGUGCGCCCUCAGGAACUCGUAUCGACAAGAGAACCGCAGACGCCACCAUAAAGAACAUGGAAAGCCGUGGCCGCAUCAAAGUCCUCAAAACCACUGUAUUCUCUGUCACCGGAAGCACUCGGCCUGCCUGCCUCGUUUAUCUCCCAGACAUACUUCAAGAGAAAAUCAACGCGUUUUUACAUCAUCUGAGCCACACCGCCCCGGCGCCUAACAUUCUGCCUGUCAAGACAUUUCAGGAGCCUGUGGACUUUGGAGCUUCGAGCAAGAAAUCCGGGAAAGAUGAUGAUGAACAUCAGGAACUCUUCGCAUACGACUCUGAAACGAUCUGCGACGUGUUGCUUACGGAGAGAACCACGGUAGCGCAGUUGUAUGGUUUCAGAGUUGGGAAAGCGGCUAGGUUGCGGGACUUUCAUGUCUUUACCCUUGGGUUUGCUCGAACAAAACUCUUCGCCCCGUAUUGCGUCCCACGAGCAUUCCAUGAUCGACAUUUCCUUGUACCAGCUCGACGUUCCCAUUGCCAUUUAUUGCUCAUUCAUUGCCCUCAUAGCCUCUGUGGAGGGCAGAGAAACACUGGUCAGAGACCUGCCGAACCGUAUUUCAGCAAAGCUGCAGGUGGGAAAGUCGCUUGCACUCAAAGCAGCCUCUUUGACGGGUGGCGGGUAUCCGCACCAUCUGCCGCACCCCAAUAUUGGCGCUUCAAUGAAACAGCACCGUUACAUCUAUGGGCUCUUUCGAAUUCUUCCCCGCCUUACUGGAGGCAUGUCUCUGCGAAAUCCCGCUGCGAUGGUGUAGCCUUCUGGGACGAGCUGCAUAAAGUCAGUCGAGAUGUUGCAUACGCACGAAGCACCGUUUCAAACACACCUCUUCUGCGGUUCCUUCGCCGGAGAGUAUCUUGGGACUUGGAAUACCGCUUAACCUGGCACCAGAAGCACAGCGCCACGGCCCACAGUCCACUUGACGAAGAGGAUAGUGACUUACAGCUGCAGCAGAUUUGUCAUGUUCUUAGCGCUCCACGCGCGCCUGUUGUCGCCUACCUCAAAGACGCUGCUGAAAGGGUUUUGCGCAGAAAACGAGACGAAGCGGAGCAUUGUACGAUGCAAAACAUCGAAGCCAAAACCAUGCUUCAAAAGAAGGCCAAAGAAGCGAAGCUUCAGAGGGAAAGCGACUGGGAAGCUUUGCUUCAGCGCGUGCAUCCCGGGCCUCUUAAGGGCACCAUUGGCAUCCGAAUUCUAGCUGUUCGCAAUCGCUUUGUACAAUCCAGCUCAAUCAGAGAUACGGAUCGAUGGCAAAGUGAAAUUGAAAACGCCGUCCGGGAGGCUCGACUGGCUUCCAACAAGGUCAUCGCAAGGCCGAAAGCGCUUGCGGUUCCGCGCAUAGCUUUUACCUCCUACCAAUCAGAGAAUAAGACAUCACGCCAGAGGCGCUCUAGAUUCCACUGGACUCGAGAAUACGAUGAGCUUGCCCGUGAUGCAUCUGCUAUAAUUCGUGCCCGAUGUCGCGGUGGGGUCAAGAUCGAUCUUUCAGCUUUCGACCAGGUAUUUCCUGCUGUGCCACGUAAUUCUGUCCGCCUCCGCCUCUCGCACCUCCGAGAGAAUACUGGUGAAGAAGUGUAUAUGAGGCGCCUCGAGGACCGAUGGCAUGAGCUUUGGGUUCAACAUAGGGGUACCGAGCACCUUCCCGACGAAGAUCCUCAAAGCCCAUCGAACUUUGACAUCGUAAAUCAUAUAGAGUUUCUUCGAAAGCAUGUUGAUAAGAACGCCUUGCAACAUACAACUCGGACGAAGCUACCAGCAUCAGUGGAUGACAUCAUACAUCGUUUCGAUGUGCUUUGCAACACAACUAUUUCUCCUGCUUGGGAAUUUGUGUGGCAAGCUACCGUCGAAGAAGGUCGAGAGAAACAGUUUCUCCGACAGUCUUUCACUCAUGGAGCAGACGAAGUUCCAUAUGUCACAAACAUAAGUGAUGAUGUAGUUCAAGUCGCGGAAGCUGCGCUAAAGCAUUACGACGCUGAUUUGGCAGCGGAAUUGCUCCACAGUGCAGGUGAUCAGUCUGUAUCCCUCGCAACCUCCAAUCUUUUGCGGCGCGGAGUCCUGUCAAGGGUGGUUCGUGAUCCCAAAAAGAUGAAGCCGGGACGUACAUUGAAAAUAUCAGACGUCAACCUAAACGCCAUCGGAGGCUUGAUUCAUGGAGACUUAUUCCAAGACGCUGUCGCUCUGGAUGAGGUAUUUGCAGAGCAAGUUGGCAUCCUGGAAUGGCCUUUGUUAGCUUCUGAUGGUGACACCGCAGCACUACUCCAGCUGGUGUCAGAGGAGCAGGGUCAAUUCAUCAUAGAUACGGCACAGUUGCGAAACGCUCGAACAAGGCUUGACUGGAACAGCAAAAAAAGCAGGUCCAUUGACGAUGAUAUCGAGACUAGCAUACAAGUCCGCUUAAAUGCAGUCGACAACGGAGACGAUAAUGAGGGCAAUGGAGGUGCGAUGUUUGCCUUCAUACGACAUGCAACAUAUUUUGAUCGAGCUAAUGCGUCAUCAGAAUCAGGUUCAUCAAAGUCGCACUACCUAGCUUUUGGUGCUGGUGAUGUGGUUAUGGACCUGUUACAACGAAUGUCCCAAACAUCCCCACCCCUCAUUUUGUGGGUUGGAUACUCUGCGCCAGUCAUCGUUUCCUGCCUUCAUGCUCGUUCUUGGACAGUGGAGAUCAUUAGGGAACCAAAAGCUCUUGCCUUACCUCGACGUUGGCUAGAUAUCCGUGGUGAAACAAUACAAGAGACCUGGGACGCUGCUUUACAUGCUGUGACCGAGCUGCGGUGGAGGCUUAGGGCAGUAUGUGACCGACAGGAACUCGUAGACAUCGUAUGCUUCUUGUACCGUGAAGAAGCUGUUUACGCACGAGUCAGUACAGAAUGCCCGACUGGCACUGCCUGGCCGGCAACAUUAGACGAUGGGGAGGAACAGCAGAAUAAGUAUUGGUAUCAAGUCUAAAUCCAAUCACGUUCAUCGGAUGCCGCAAUAACUAUAAUGCCACGCUCGUGUAAAGUGUUAUGACAUAUAGAUCAAAGACAUUCUACGAUGUUUUUUUGACUGCUCUCGUGAGGCCAUCCACGCACCUG